AUGCUUUUCCGCUGCAACUAUGUAGCACUUGUCGGCGGUGGUAACACACCUAAAUAUUCUCCAUCGAAAGUGAUGAUUUGGGAUGAUUUAAAGAAGAAAAUUGUUAUUGAACUUGAAUUUUCAACAGAAGUGAAAGCAGUACGAUUACGUCGUGAUAGAAUUAUUGUUGUACUUAAAACGAUGAUUAAAGUUUAUACUUUUACACAAAAUCCUCAGCAAUUACAUGUCUUUGAGACUUGUACAAAUCCUCAUGGUUUGUGUGUUGUUUGUCCAUCCGGUUCAAAAUCUUAUCUGGCCUUUCCGAGUCGUCAUAUAGGACGCAUUUGUCUUAUUGAUUUAGCAAAUACAGAAAAACCGGUUGUAGAAAUAAAUGCACAUGAAGCAUCAGUCAUAUAUAUAGCAAUGAAUAUGUCUGGUACUCGCUUAGCUACAGCAUCGGAAAAGGGCACACUUAUAAGAAUAUUUGAUACAGAGACAAGUCAGUUACUAAACGAAUUACGACGUGGUGCUAAUCAUGCUACUAUUCAUUGUAUUAAUUUUAAUCAAGAUUCUACAUUAUUGUGUGUAUCAAGUGAUCAUUCGACGGUGCAUAUAUUUUAUAUUGAAGAACCUCAUCGAAAUAAAUCACGACAUUCAGGUUUAACGAGUGCUGCUACAUUUUUACCAAAAUAUUUCAGUUCUAAAUGGAGUUCGUGUAAAUUUCAAUUGCCUUCGAAUACAUUAAGUAUAUGCGCAUUUGGUCCCAAUUCGGAUGUAAAUAAAACAGUUAUAGCAUUAUGUUCUGAUGGUAGUUACAGUCGAUUUUUAAUAACUCCAAAAGGCGAAUGUAUUCAAGAUCAAUAUACACAAUUUUUAGAAGUUGGUGAAGAUGGUACUUGA